CGCGGAACCGCCAAAAGAAAUUGCUCUCUGGGGGAGCCUGGUUUUUCCGGUCUCGCUCCUGAUAUCACGUUUCGUACUCCACAAGUCUCUCUCUCUCCGACCCUCGACCACCGUGCUGGCUGAAGUGCAGCAAUCGGACUCCGGCAGUUCAGCAGCCCAGCCGUCGAUGAAGUUCUCCGUCGAAUUCCGCCAGCUAAAUGACCGCUCCAAGCCCUAGACUCUGCUAGGUAAGAUCAAAAUUGGUUCUCGUUUUCUGGUUUCUCUUGCAUUACGGCUCGUGAUAGUUUGAGAAGGGAGUACCUUUUCCCUUCGAGUAUCGCCGAAUCUAACUUCGAGAAUCGUCAAGUUUUAACUUCUCUGCUCGCGUUUAUGUCGAGAGUCCCUUCGAUUUAAGAACUGUUUCAGAGGUUUUUUGUUUCUCUAAAUCUUAAUGUUGCUUCGAUAAAGGUUUGGGGCUCCUGCUUCUUUUCAUCGUCGAAAGAAUCGAAGUUGAAUGAGAAAUUCUUUUCCAUCAAUCUUUUCUUCCCACUAAUAAGAAAUUAAAUUUUCUUGUUCCUUCUUGUACAACUUAGAAUGCGCAACAUGUUAGCUGUUUGGUAAUUGGAUUCUUCCGCUGCAAUAUCGUCCCUUCUCAAUUGAGUUAGUCUACAAGUUGUUUCCUUUGUUUGGUGGGUGUGUAAUUGCCUGAUUGUUCUGCUACUGCUGAUUUGCUAGACAGUGAGUGGAUCCUGUGGGCAUGGACCCAGAUUUGGAGAUGAAAGAUCAAAUGAAGGUGGUAAUGGAAGGCUUGCCUCAGAAAGAGUCUGCAAGCUUUCUGCAGCAUGGCAAUGAAAAUUCUGUGCCUUGCUCAGAUAAACUUGAUGGCGGUUGCUUUCCCAAAGAAGAUUUGUCCAAAAAUAAAGCUGAGGUGCAGGAGACAACUGAGGAUUUGGAAGUUAAUACAGUUGAUUGUUUGAAUUCUCAUGAUCUUGGAGAUGUGGAAACUGAAAACGAUGACACCAGCGAGAGCAUGAGUUCAUUCAGCAGCACGUCUGAUACAGAAAAUGGCUUGAUGUUGACUGAUACUGAGGUUGAAUCGUAUAUGUGCAGCGGUCGUCACUCAACUUCAUUAUUUGAUAGCUAUGGUGCAGAAUCUCAAUCUAGGAGGAAACGGUUAACCGAACAUUGGAGGAGAUUCAUUCGUCCUCUUAUGUGGCGAUGUAAGUGGUUAGAAUUGCAACUUAAGGAAUUUCAAUCGCAGGCACUGAAGUAUGAUAGAGAACUUGGAGAUAUCGAACAAAGGAAGACAUAUGAUCAUGAGACAUUAGUAGCAGAAGGUCAUGAAGCAAAGUCAAAACCUUUUUCUUCUUCGAACCCAAGGAUGAAAGUUUUGAAGAGAAAGAAAAGAAAGAGAUAUGAAGAGAUGAAUGAUAUGACAUCGUUUAUGUUGCAGAAGAACAUGCUCUCCUAUUAUGAACAUAAGAAGGCAGCCAAUGAUGGUGCUUCUAUGAACAGUGAUCCCACUCUUCCAGAGAGGGCAAGCAAAGGGAAUCCAAAGUCUGCAUUUCAUCAGGAUGGAUGGGCACCUCUACACUCUAAAGAUGGGAUUAGCAGGGAUGAAGACAUCCUUAUGAAAAUUGGAACCCUACAGUCCCAAGUCCAUAAGUUGAGGUCCCGAAUCGAUGUGGUGAUGAGGGAUAAUCCAGGAAAGUUCUCUUAUGUUACUAGGUUGAGCUCGCCCGAGCCAGAUAAAAUGUUGGCCCGUUCUGAAAACCCGGAUCCCUUGAUUGAAAAUGGAGAUAGAGAGCUUAAUUCUCUAUACCCUGUGGACGAUCUUAUACCUGGAAUUCCAGUUUCAAGUCUGGGUGAGGCAGCCCCUGGUCCUGAUAUGCCAGAAACCCUAGUUCAGCCUUCUGUUGGAGUUCCUUGUGAAAUUAUGAACGAUGCUUUUGCGACUGGUAAUCAACCAGCAAAGAAAGAAAUUGCAGAAGUUGUAGCAGAUUUUGGGAGUCAGGCCAAGCAGAAGCCUGAUUUACCAACCGAUGUGCAGUCAGCAAGCAACCCAAGUCAAGCAAGGGCUCCAUUACUUCAGAUGCACUACCCUGGGAAAUCACUUCCAAAAUCUAGGUCCAGGGUGAUUACCAGUAACAAGCGAAAACGUGGUAAGAGGAGGUCUGGAAGAGGUGGAUGGAACCGGAAACCUUCAAUUGAAAGGUGAAGAAGAAAUCGUUUUUACUCGGUGCAUAUGCUAAUUGGUAUAUAUGUUCAAAAUGAGGCUUUUUUACCAAGAGGAGAACUGCUCAAAAACCAUACUCUUCCCAUCUGUUGAUUUUGUAUAUGCUAGCAGCUGCAUAUUCUUUCUCUCAUGUCUCUCGUCCCUUGCUUGGUUCUCUUUGUACUGCAACAUAGCAGCAACGUAUAUAUAGUAUAGCUUACAUUUCUGUUCUGUAGAUCUGUUUAUUCUUUCUUAGACAUUUCUAACGUAGUGCUGAGAGCCGUGAUGUAAACCGAAUGGUGUAUCAUUCUGAGACGUUAAUUCUUUAGCUUCUCAUUUUGUCUAAUGGUUAUCGAUUCCGUACUCAUUUUGGAACAUGAUGAAACACACAAGUUGAUAGAGAAGAAUCGGAUUGGGAAUAGAGAAGAAGAAUUAGGGAUUGGAAAUAGAAUUGGGGAAGAACAGAGAGAAGAGGGAUUUAG